UGGAUUCCCGACUAAAUCACAUCGUUGCUGCAAGUGUUAUAAAUAGAUUUGGUGCUGGAAUUUUUUUUCAAACAAAUAGUGCAGUGAAGAGAUUCUGAUGAAAUAAUUGGAGCGCUACAUGAAUUUUUAAUUCAUUUUUUCUAUUGAGCUUUGAACAAGUUUCGAAUGUAAUGAUCAAAAUGAUUCCAAUAAUGACUUUUUUCUAUUUCUGUUAAUUGGAAAUUGUAAUUGCAUUUAAUCAGAAUCUCAAUUAAUCGGAAAUUAGUUUGAAUCGUUACAAUUACUUGAAAGUUUUCUGACGUGCCUCGGAUGACUAUGAAAUGGGUUUGCUGAAAAGACAAUUUCGAUUUUUGAUACGAAUACGGACACGUGCAAAUGAAUCUAGAUGAAAAACUAAUUUCAUUCUUGUGGCAAAAAUUUAAUUAGAAAUUAUUUGAUCCGUUUUGAAAAGAAAUUGUUCGAGCCAGUUGAAUGAAAAUUCCUAAGAAAAUUCUUCUUUUAUCGAAUUAAGUGUAAAGCUUGACAAAUAUUUCAUUUUUCAAAUUUGUUCUCAAAUUCUGCAUAAUAUUCGUGUGAUCUAGAGUAGCUAAAUGAGUUAAAAUAAUGAGAAAAAAAGUAAAAUCGUCUCAAAUAAAAUGCAUCGGUGGUAGUUUAAACGACUGAAUAAAUACAUUUUAAUAAGAACUUUGGUGUGAAUGAUGCCACGCAAUUAAUUAAAUUGAGUUCAUUCUUUUGAGAGUGCCUAGAAUAAUUUUCUACUUUAUCAACGGUUGCUAAUCCGUGCUGAGGUCGGAAUCCUUGUGCAAUUUGAUUUUGUUGACAAAUUACGGUGUUUGCGCCAAUAGCUUCAAUGUAUUCCGUGUUUAUUACCUUCGCCCGAAGUUUUAUGAAUGAAAAGCAAACCAAAACAAUAGAGCAGAAGGUCAAACGGCGUCUGCGCACUAGAGCUACUGCCUAACAAGUGACGGCUUUCAACAUCCCCCUUACAUUGCUUGCACACGAGAUGAAAAUAGAUUUUUUUUCCAUUCAAAGCAUCAGUACAAAAAUGGUCGCUUAUUCGAACACAUCGAUUUUGUUGCAACACUUGUCUACAUCAUCCGUGCAAAAUAAUUCCAGACAAACAAGCAGCUCAGCUCGUUUUGUGUGCAUUUCGUGAAUUUCUGCUUUGAAAAACAAACAAAGAAAGUCAAAUAGACCAGACAUGUCAUUCCGUCCAAAGGAGCGUGUACUAUCAGCAUUGCGAAAACUUUUCCACAAAACAUCAGCGAAUCGACGGGAGGCGAACAUUGCGCCCGCAAACAGUAAUAAUGCUUCUAAGAGCCCGACAAGGAAAUCAAGACGCGGCAUAUCACCCAGCACAAGUCAAAAAUACCCAAGUAAAGCCAACGACAAAACGAUCCGAGCAAAACGACUUAUGAAAGAGCUUAAGGAAAUUCAACGCUCAUCACAUUUGCAAAAGAAUUCAUUUUCGGUAGAGCUAGUCAAUGACAAUUUGUUCGAAUGGUACGUUCGUGUGCACGACAUUGACCCAGAAUCCGAAUUGGCGUGCGAUAUGCAAGAGCAGAACAUCUCUUGUAUCUUGUUGCAUUUAAUAUUUCCGGACAGUUUCCCAUUUUUACCGCCGUUUAUGCGCGUUGUUGAGCCGAAAAUCGAAAAAGGAUUUGUGAUGAAUGGUGGUGCUAUAUGCAUGGAAUUAUUAACACCGCGUGGAUGGGCUAGCGCAUAUACCGUUGAAGCAGUUAUUAUGCAGUUCACCGCUAGUUUAUCGAAGGGACGAGCACGAAUCGCACGAACGAAAAAAUCCAGCAAAGAAUUUAGCAAGCAAACCGCAGAAGAGGCGUUCCGGUCAUUAGUAAAGACGCAUGAAAAAUACGGAUGGGUUACACCGGCAUUGGCAGACGGUUAAUAGAUGUCAUCAAUUGAAAUCAAAACGAAAAGUUGGACAGAAAAUAGCCCGAAAAUUGUAACAUGUUUUGCUUUGAAUCGAAUGUCGAAUACGAGAUUGCAGUCGAAGUGCAACGCAUCUAAUCAGUGCAAAAUGUUAUCAAUGAGACCGAAAGGGUUGAAGCUUGAACUUCGACUGCGUUUGUAUAGAAUAUUGUAGCUUGAAUGUAAACUAAAACAAAAAUAUUCAACACAUUUUCAAUGUUCAACCCAGCGAUUUAUUUGAAUUUAGUUAAGAGCUCAAUUUAGUGUAAACACCAUUUGGAUAAAACAAUAAUGAAUGUUUAAUAAAAAUGUAUCUGUAUAGAAAA